CGUGAACGAGUUACAGCCAUGUUUGGUGUCCAUCUCCUGCUCCCCCUCCUUGUGUCCCUCCCCCCCCUGGUGGCUCCCGCCCCUCCCCCCGGCGGUCCUCCUGCUCCCUGCAGACGCUGCUGUGAUCACCUGGAGCCAGCAGAGGGCAGCGCCGCUCACGCACCCACGGCAGGGCUCGGCCACAUGCCGGAGGUCCGAACCUACAUCAACAUGACCAUCCUCAAAGGUGAGAAGGGGGAACGGGGUGACAGGGGGACACCAGGUAAAGCUGGACACGAGGGGCCUCCGGGCUCUGUGGGACCCACGGGGCCAAAGGGCACCAAGGGCCAGGCAGGACUCCCAGGGGACCCCUGCAAGACCCAGCAUUCUGCUUUCUCCGUCGGCCGCCGCAAAUCCCUGCACAGCGUGGAGUACUACCAGGCCCUGGUCUUUGACACGGUCUUUGUCAACCUCCAAAACCACUUCAACAUGUUUCAGGGCAAGUUCCACUGCAAAGUCCCGGGGGUCUACUUCUUCAACGUCAACAUCCACACCUGGAACUUCAAGGAGACGUACCUGCACAUCAUGAAGAACGAGGUGCAGCAGGCCAUUGUGUACGCCCAGCCCAGCGAUCGGUCCAUAAUGCAGAGCCAGAGCAUGAUGCUGGAGCUGGAUCUAAACGACGAGGUGUGGGUCCGUCUGUAUAAGAGGGAGAGGGAGAAUGCCAUUUACAGCGACGACGUAGACAUCUACAUCACCUUCAAUGGAUACCUCAUCAUGCCCAGUGUGGAGUAGGAAGUGAACCGGGGGUCAAACGUGGACAGAGGCGAGGCUUGAGCAUUAUAAUACAAGAAAAAAAUGGGUUGACCUGGGACCAGCAAAAGGGUUAUUUAUAUUAAUGUAGUACUGUCUUGAUACUUUGCUAUUUGGAUAAAAAGAAAAGCAGGUUUCAGCCACAUUCACAGAAUCUACCCAUUUUUAACCUGAAAAUCGGUGUAAAGGCAGAAGAAACAGUACCUCGAGUGAGGAGGGGAAAUGUUAAGUCACAUUCAUUCAGGGAGACAAAUUCUCCUCUCAAAUCUGAGUCCUUCGUAGAAGAAGCGAUAAGUGCAAGGCUUAGGCCUGAGGCCAUGCCGCAGCUUUCGGCUUGGAUCUUUUUCCAGCCAGAGCCUGAUGAGCAACGCUACAAAAAUAAGCAGCCGCUGACCCGUUUUGCUGGGCUCCCACGGGAAUUAGAUGUCUCCCAAUAUUGUAAGAAGUGAGAUGAUGGUUUUGAAAACCCAGGAAAACCAAAAAAUGGCUGUUUUAUCUCCGUCGUGAUGACGAAGAUAGAGGAAAAAGUCCAGGGUCGAUUUACUUCCUCUUCAAAGGGAAGAGGAUUACUUUUUUAUAGCAUGCACUAUUUUGAAUACUAAAUGCAGAAUAGAAAGGCAAAGCAAAUUAGCAUGACGAGCCCCAUAAAAAUGCAGGAAGUGCUGUGGACAAUUGUGAUUGACGUUCAAAUAAAAACACUAACAGUUAAACUUAUAAUGCAAAAACAAGGGUAUGGUAACAAAAGUGAUUGCACUUCUUACAGUAGAGCUCGUCUCUAUUUUGACCAUCAUGCAUACCUACUGCAAAUUAUACUUUUUUACUGUCUUUAAUAGCACUUUCAUCUGUACAGGUGUGUUUAUGGCACAAAACUGGGGUUAUCGUGGCCAUAAUGCAACCUGUUAAGAAAAUAUGCAAGUAUGUGGUGCUAAACUAGGUGCUAGAAUGUCAAAGUCGAGGCCUGAAUUUCAAAUUUAUAAAGACUAAGUUAUUUCCUGCUGUUCAAGUAUACUUGAAUGUUUGGUGCUUAGUUUGCCAGAAAGGUUUUGAUUCCCCCCCCCCCCUCCACCUUUCUUCUUCACGUCCCUUCCUCGCUUUUUUCUUAUUAACUCAACACAUUGUAAAUAUACACUGUGAACAUGAAAAAUGAAAAUAAAAUUUGCAUUGCACAUAGACGGCAAGCCAUCUUCCAAGUGACUUCAUGAUGAUUCACGGUGAAUUGUUCUCUAAUUAGCUCACUUUAAUUGGAACUUAUUUGCUGGUGUUGGGCUGAGGGGACGCCGCCGUCCUGUCUGUACAACACACACUUGGGGCAUGUUCCUGAUGUAAGUACAGGAAGGAGAAGCGAGGCAUGUUGUAAUAUUUCUCAACAUUUGACUUUGUUGUGUAACGAGCCUCCUCCGCACCCUCAAACAUCCGGGAAAUUAACUCAUCUUUGUCAAAAUGGCUGCUCCAGCACUGGUACAAAGUGUUACAUAAUUAGAAAGCAUGCAUUUUCUUCAGACUUCACCCUGCUCCGAGGAUUAGCUUUCUGCGUUAUUUAUCUAGGAUGUAGGUUGAACUUUAUUUUUGCGUCUCCUCCGUCACAAGUUUCUCUCAUUACCUUUCCAACUUUGACUCCACCUUGGUACACGCCACCAUUGCUUGUCACUGCCUGGGGUCCACUAUGAGGCGUAAGUCACCCAUUUCCCACCCGGUGUGCUCCUACUUCGUGACAUUCAGUAAAUAUUCCUCGUGCAAUUAUGUAACCUGGUAUAAGAAAAGGUUCACGUGGGCGUCCGGGUAGCGUAGCGGUCUAUUCCGUUGCCUACCAACACGAGGCUUGGCGGUUCGAAUCGCCAUGUUACUUCCGGCUUGGUCGGGCGCCCCUACAGACACAAUUGGCCGUGUCUGCGGGUGGGAAGCCGGAUGUGGGAAGUGGGGGAGAAUAGCGUGAUCCUCCCACGCGCUACGUCCCCCUGGUGAAACUCUCCCGUGUCAGGCGAAAAGAAGCGGCUGGCGAUUCGGAGGAGGCAUGUGGUAGUCUGCAGCCCUCCCCGGGCCGGCAGAGGGGGUGGAGCAGAGACCAGAACGCC